AAACAAGGACUACAAAUUCAGCCAUGUGACAAGCCAAACUAACAGUGACAGGUUAGAGGUUAUGUGUUGUGUAUGCGCGCGCGCGCGUGUGUAUUUGUGUUUAUUGUGUACGCUCCGUGACAAGUUAUGCGGAACUUGUGCCUCCUACUCGGCAUGUCUGUGUUGUGGCUUCCUUCUUACUGACUUGUUGAAACAGUUCAAAGUGAGACAACACGGCGCGGUGGAGGCUGACUGUGAGACUGUGUUCUGUGAGGCGGGAGGUCAGGAGGCACUGGUGAAGUCAGCAUGAGUGCGUCAGGACGCAAGACUUGACACCGAUAUGAGAGGAUAUGGAGUAUGAAUUUAUUGCAGCACUGUUAUUGUUCAGUGUUGAUGUGAAGCGUGCGUGAAGGCUUUUUUUUAAAUGAUUGUUGUUUUGCUUUUUAAUAGACUUUUUUCUUCAGUGUUUUUACUCUCCGCGUAAAGGUAAAAAGAAAAUGAAGUUUAACGGUUAUCUGAAGCUGCGCAUCGGCGAGGCUGUGGACCUCAAGCCGACAACCUUCUCCCUCCGUCACACUGUCAUCUUCAACAAGGCUGCCCCGACCCUGGACCCGUACAUUGUGGUGAAGGUGGACGACUUCAAAAUUGGACAAACUCACACCAAACAGAAAACCAACAUGCCGACUUACAAUGAAGAGUUCAGUCUCAAUGUGAACGAAGGGAAACACAUCGAGCUGGCUGUUUUCCACGAUACUCCAAUCGGAUAUGAUGACUUUGUGGCAAACUGCAUCAUUCCGUUUGACGACCACAUUAAGAGCUCCAACACAGGAGAGACUUUCGAGGGAUGGAUGGAUUUGGAGCCAGAGGGCAAAGUCUACGUCCUUAUUACACUCACUGGAUCCUUCACAGAUGACGACGCCAUAGUGAAAGAGAAGACCUACAAGCAGUUUACGAGGAAGCGGCAGGGGGCGGUGAGACGGAGAAUCCACCAGGUCAACGGACACAAGUUCAUGUCCACUUUCCUUCGCCAGCCCACCUUCUGUUUUCACUGCAAAGAGUUCAUCUGGGGUGUUUUUGGAAAGCAGGGUUACCAGUGCCAAGUGUGUACGUGUGUGGUUCACAAACGAUGCCACCAGCAGGUCGUCACUGUGUGUCCACGCAUGAAAAAGACAGAGAAGGAACAGCAGCCUAUAAACCAAGGCUUCAGCAUCAACGUCCCUCACAAGUUCAACAUCCACAACUACAAGUCUCCCACCUUCUGUGACCACUGUGGCUCACUGCUGUGGGGGAUAGUCAGGCAGGGGCUGCACUGCAAAAUCUGUAAAAUGAAUGUUCACAUCCGCUGCAAAGGCAACGUUGCGCCAAACUGUGGAGUCAACAGUGUGGAACUGGCCAAUAAGCUGGCAGAGAUGGGACUGCAGGCUGGAGGACUCUCCAAACGCAACUCAGUAGCCAAAAGCAUGGUGCAGACGAGGAUGCCUUCUGAAAGGAGGCCAAGUAAAGAAACUCAGCAGCAGGCUCCUCGGCUGGGCAUCUCAAACUUCUCGUUUCUUCAAGUGCUUGGCAAAGGCAGCUUUGGCAAGGUGAUGCUGGCAAAACAAAACGGCAAGGAUCGAGUUUUUGCAGUCAAGGUGUUGAAAAAAGACAUCAUUUUGCAGGAUGAUGAUGUAGAGUGUACCAUGACUGAAAAGAGGGUGCUGUCACUGGCCCGCUGUCACCCCUACCUCACGCAGUUGUACUGCUGCUUCCAGACACCGGACCGACUCUUCUUUGUGAUGGAGUUUGUGAAUGGUGGCGAUCUGAUGUUCCACAUUCAGAAGUCCAGGAAGUUUGAAGAGCCCAGAGCACGUUUCUACACGGCGGAGAUCACCUCCGCUCUCAUCUUCCUGCACAGCAAAGGCAUCAUCUACAGGGAUCUAAAGUUGGACAACGUUCUUAUUGACAAAGAUGGUCACUGUAAACUGGCAGAUUUUGGCAUGUGCAAAGAGGGCAUAUUUGAAGGCGUGGCCACAGGAACUUUCUGUGGGACCCCGGAUUACAUUGCCCCUGAGAUCCUCCAGGAGAUGCUGUAUGGGCCUUCUGUUGAUUGGUGGGCUCUCGGGGUGCUGCUGUACGAAAUGCUGUCAGGACACGCCCCCUUCGAGGCCGAAAAUGAAGAUGAUCUCUUUGAAGCCAUCCUCAAUGAAGAGAUUGUUUACGCAUCUUGGCUCAGUGCAGAGGCAGUGAAUAUACUCAAAGCUCUAUUGACCAAAAACCCGGCUCGGCGUCUGGGCUGUGUGGCCUCAGAGGGCGGAGAGAACGCGUUGACUAGCCACGCCUUUUUCGAUGGAAUCGAUUGGGAGAAGUUGAAUCGUAGAGAGAUAGAGCCGCCUUUCAAGCCCAGAAUCAAAACACCAGAGGAUGUCAACAACUUUGACCCAGAUUUUACUCAGGAAGAGCCCACCCUCACGCCGAUCGAUGACCCGAUGAUCCCUACCAUCAAUCAGGACGAGUUCCGAAACUUCUCCUUCACUUCGCCUGAACUGCUGGAGAGCUAAAAGUCUCCUCACUGAUCCACCAGUCAGCCAGCACUUGUUUCACUCUUCUGAGCGUUUGUAGCUUUGUCUGAGACUGUUCCCAGUGGUACAUACAGUAUGACACUGUCACAUUCCCCAGAGACAUGAGGGUGCAAAGUGGCGAGGAGUCAGCCAAACACAUGCUUGACAAGAACUGAGGCUGCACCUAAUGAACUCUUAAGCACUCCCAUAAUUCUCGAAAACUCUCUGUGUGUGUGAUCAGCUUUUGAAAAUGACAUUUAGUUUUGACUUUGAUACAGUUUGAUUCAUGCAAAAGUCUGUGUGGAAAGGGUGUGUUUGACAAGUUGAUACGUUUGUAAACCUGUUUGCCACAGAUGUCCGUUUUAUUGUACAAUUGCUGUCAUGCAGAUGGAUGAGUUUGCUUACAGUUACUUCAAAUGAAAAAAGCACUUUUGGAGCACAA